GUUUCCACACCAUACAGCGAGUUUCCGGCUGUGACCUCCUGUCCGAUGGGAGCGUCCGUGGAUCCUGGCGGUACGGCUACGACGGGCGGGAUUUCAUCUCCUUCGAGCUGGGAUCCGAGAACUUCGUGGCGGCCGACGACGCUGCUGAGAUCACCCGGAGGCGCUGGGAAGAUGAGAAUGAGGUUGAGAGGCGGGAGAAUUACCAGGGACACGUCUGCCCGGAAUGGCUCCGGAAAUACGUCGGAUACGGGCGGAAAGAGCUGGAGCGCAAAGUGGCCCCUGACGUCCAUGUGUCCGGAAAAGAGGAACAUGGGACACUGAUCCUAUCCUGCCACGUGUACGGAUUCUAUCCCAACACCAUCACAGUCAACUGGAUGAAGGGAGGUGACAUUUGGGAUCAGGAGACGGAGUGGGGCGGGAUCGUUCCCAACAGCGACGGCACCUUCCACACCUGGGCCAGGAUCGAGGCGCUGCCAGAGGAGUGGGAGCAGUACCGGUGCCGGGUGGAGCAUCCCGGAAUGCUGGAGCCCGGGAUCUUCGCUUGGGAGCCGACAUCUGGCGGGAAUCUCGCCGUGGUGAUCGCUGUGUCCGUCAUAGCUGCCAUCCUCGUCCUUGUCCUCAUUGGAUUCGGUGUCUGGAGGCUCCAAUCCGGGAGGAGGGACGGGAAUGGAUACAGCCCGCCAGCCGGAAAGAACACUGAAGUCAAGAUCUGAAUCACACG